ACAUCUAUGCAAUGGAAUAUCUGCCACGAGUAUGGAAGGAGAAGAUGAGGGCAGAACGAUAUUGGUGUCAGGAAUCCCAACUGAUUUCCGUUUGGAAGCCAUUCAGUCUUAUUUUGAGAACAAGAGUAGAUCAAGUGGAGGACCUAUUAAAGGAAAGCCAGAACGGAUCCAAGAUUCUGAGGAAGUUAUUAUCACUUUUGAAUCGGAAAAAGAUGCAGAAAAUGUUGUCCAAAGGAAGGUCCAUAAUGUAAGCAAACAUAAACUUCAUGUGGACUGGUAUAAAAAUCUAGUCUGGCAAGAAGAUGCAGUGAUUGUGUCAAAUGGCCCCAAAGACAUGUCGGAAAAAAUGUUAAUUGAUUUUUUGGAAAAGACAGGAAAAUUGGAUAUUGUAUAUGUUUCCCCUGGAAGAAAAGCUGGAACUUUUCUUGUGUAUUGCCAAAAUGAAAUUGAUUUUGAGUGUGUUCAGAGGAUGUGCAAAAAAAAACCCUUAAAAGGAAAUCAACUGACAGUGGAUAGAAUUAAGGAAAUAAACAGUGUUCAAGUGAAAAAUGUUUCUUCAAAUGUCAGCUCUGACAGUCUUCAAAGAUAUUUUGGAAACAGAAAAAAAAGUUCUGGUGGAGAUAUUUCUUCAGUUCAACAACUAACCUCUGAUACUUACAUUGUAAGUUUUAAAGAGGCGUAUGUUGUGCUGGACGAUUGUAGCAGAGAUCAUAUACUGCAAAAUGUGAAGUCAGAUGUUCAACCAUUGAGGGAACCAUCAGAAGAAAAUACCAUUUCAAGACAGCAAGUCCAUGACUAUUUACUACCUUCCAAGUUCCAUCUGACUUUCUUAAAAAGACAUAAAAUCAUAGUUAAUGACCAAUUAAAGAAAUGGGCUGAAGUAAUAUGGAAAGAUUCCAAGUUUAAUAAACUGAAAUUAAGUUAUUCUGAAGGAAAUUUGAAGCAAAUUGAACAAUGUUUGGAAGACUUAUUAAAUUCCAUUACUGUUGAAAUCAUUGAUGUUACAACCAAUAUUUUUGAAGAUGUUGUUAGAACAUUGAAAAGUGAAGAUGAUGAGAUGUAUUUUUAUUUUGAUAUCCAAUAUCAUAAAGCUCAUAUUUUGGAAUUUGAUAAAAGUAGCGUGAUUAAAAUGAAAAAGAGACUUUUGGAUAAUCUUAGAAAGAUAUGUGAGUUUAAUUUAAGUAUUCAUGGAAGGCGUAUUCUAUCUGGUCACAGAUUUUUUGAGCAGGCACAAAGACAAUCUAAAGAUCUACAAGUCAGAAUUCAUGGUAACAAAGUUAUUUUUGAAGGCCAGUAUUCCGAAGUAGCUAAUUGUCAAAAUAAUAUGUAUAAAAUUCUUCGGUCAAUUGUAAAAUCUGAAUUGUGUUUGCCUUUAAAUACUGGAAUGAUCAUAAAUAAAAAACCAGUGAAAGAAUAUCUUGAUGAAGAACUGAGAAACAAGAAAUGUAUUGGUUCAUGGGAAACGGGUGAUGGUGAUUCAGUAUUACUUUAUGCAAGUGAUAAAACACAUCUUUCACUUUUGGAAGAAAUUAUGAAAGAAACUUUUGUCGCCAACACACUGGAUUUUGUAGACAAAAAUUAAGGAUACUCCACAUUAUGGAAAGUGGCUGACAUUUGUUGAAAGUCUAAAAGAAGGGUUUCCAGAUUUCCAUUUUAUUGGAAAAAAUUCUAAUGUUGCUGUUGAUGCUGUAGUUAAUGAUAUAAAAAGCAAAAUUGAUAACUUUAAGCAAUCUUUAACUUAUGAAUCUUAUAUAUCGAUGAAUCAUGCACAUUUCCUCUUUCUUAAAGAGUUCAAAGAACAGGAAAUCAAUGACUUUAGUGAGAAAAAUAAAAUAAAGAAUGUGUGUUUCAAAGAUAAAAAGUUACACCUGGAAGGAACACAA